AUGGCUCGGACUGGCACGUUCCUCCCGAGUAGCUGCCAAGCUGCAGGAAUGGAGCCCACAUGCUGCGAAGUUUUCCAAAGGUUCAUGUACGCCUCACGGUCGCGCGCUGAGUCGGAGAAGAGCAAGUCGACACCAUCAACAGACCAAGGAAGACCAGGAGAGCAGGAAAAACAAGAGGAGGUCACUCAUUCGGCCGAAGAUGACUUCCCGGAAGGCGGCACGCGAGCAUGGCUCGUGGCGGCCGGCACCGCGGCCAUCCUGUUCUGCUCGCUGGGGUACACCAACUCGUUUGGUGUCUUCCAGGCGUACUACGCGCGACAUCAGCUUUCGGACCAUACGCCAGACGACAUAUCGUGGAUCGGAUCAAUACAGGCAUUCUUGGUAUUCGCUUCUGGAGCGAUCGGAGGACCAAUAUUUGAUCGCUACGGCGCAUGGGUCAUUCGUCCCGCCGCGAUAGUGUACAUCUUCUCAGUCAUGAUGACGAGCUUAUGUAACGAAUACUGGCAGUUCAUGCUCGCCCAGGGUGUGCUCAGUGGCAUAUCAAAUGGGUUGAUCAUGUUCCCGGCAAUGGCCGCCACGCCUCAAUACUUCAAGAGGAGAAGAGGAGCAGCCAUGGGCCUCGCCAUCGCCGGCUCUUCGCUGGGUGCAGUCGUGUUUCCUAUCGUGCUCUCAGAGCUGCUGGACAGGCUGGGAUUCGGGUGGGCCGUUCGCAUCUGCGGGUUCAUCAUGAUGCCGUUCCUCUUAUUCUCGUCCGUCGCCGUCAGGGCCCGUCUUCCCCCGCGACGGAGCCAAUUUUUCAUCUGGAAGGCUUUCCGACAGCCGCUGUUCAUGUGCCUCACUGGUGGCGUAUGCCUCAUGUUUGUGGGCAUGUUUAUUCCCUUCUUUUACUUGCCGACAUUCGGUAUCGAUCAUGGCUUGAGCCCGUCAUUGGCGUCUUACUUGGUGGCCGUCAUCAAUGGCGCCUCGAUCCCUGGCCGCAUCAUCCCAGGCGUCCUGGGCGACAAAUUCGGUCGCAUCAACAUCCUGUUCACUGCGGGAUUGUUGACUGCCAUUUCGAUUCUCUGCUGGCCCAAGGCGGUGACCGAGGCUGGAAUCAUCGGCUUUGCCGCAGCGUAUGGUCUCACCUCUGGCGCCAUCAUCUCAGGAGGGUCCGUGGUUUUCACCCUCUGCCCAAAGACACCAAAGGAUAUCGGAACCUACAUGGGAAUGGGUAUCGCAUUCGCAUCAAUGGCUGUAUUGAUCGGGCCGCCGGUCAGCGGCGCGUUGCUCAAUCGGUACCACGGUUAUGACCAGAUUUCCAUCUUUGGCGGCGUCGUUUGCAUGGUCGGGGCGGUUCUAACACUUUGCGCCAAGCUGUUUACGACGGAGGGUCUUUUAGGAUUUGUCUGA